UCAUUCACCGACUUAUUACGCAAGGCAAAAAAGCAAGAAAUAAAAGCACAAAAAAGUGAAUCACCAACCAGAAAAAAAACUCCCUCAAAUCUCAAUUGAAGCCUCUUCAAUGGCGGCGGGGGGAGGGGAAUCGAAGCAAGCCGACGCGAUGCCGGAGGAGACUUGCUCGGCGAAGGCCGCCGUGAAGCAAGGCGAGGGUCUCCGGCAGUACUACCUCCAGCACAUCCACGAGCUUCAGCUCCAGGUCCGACAGAAAACCCACAAUCUCAAUCGCCUCGAGGCUCAGCGUAACGAACUCAACUCCCGAGUGAGGAUGCUUAGGGAAGAGCUGCAGUUGCUUCAAGAGCCUGGAUCUUAUGUUGGUGAAGUCGUUAAAGUAAUGGGAAAAAACAAGGUUUUGGUCAAGGUUCAUCCAGAAGGGAAAUAUGUUGUUGAUAUUGAUAAAAGUAUUGACAUCACAAAGAUUACCCCAUCAACUAGAGUUGCUCUCCGCAAUGACAGCUAUGUUCUUCAUUUGGUCUUGCCAAGCAAAGUUGAUCCUUUGGUCAACCUCAUGAAAGUUGAAAAAGUUCCAGAUUCUACAUAUGACAUGAUUGGUGGGCUUGAUCAACAAAUCAAGGAGAUAAAGGAGGUCAUUGAGCUUCCAAUUAAACAUCCUGAAUUGUUUGAGAGUCUUGGAAUAGCUCAACCAAAGGGUGUUCUGCUGUAUGGGCCACCUGGUACAGGGAAAACACUUUUGGCUAGGGCUGUGGCUCACCAUACCGAUUGUACCUUCAUCAGAGUUUCUGGUUCUGAGUUAGUUCAGAAAUACAUUGGAGAAGGCUCUCGAAUGGUUAGAGAACUUUUUGUCAUGGCCAGGGAGCAUGCUCCAUCCAUUAUUUUCAUGGAUGAAAUCGAUAGCAUUGGGUCUGCUAGAAUGGAAUCUGGUAGUGGAAAUGGUGAUAGUGAGGUGCAGCGGACUAUGUUGGAGCUGCUUAACCAGUUGGACGGAUUUGAAGCAUCAAACAAGAUCAAGGUUUUGAUGGCAACAAAUCGUAUCGAUAUUCUGGAUCAAGCGCUUCUUAGGCCAGGGAGAAUUGACAGAAAGAUCGAGUUUCCAAAUCCUAAUGAGGAGUCUCGUUUUGACAUCUUGAAAAUUCAUUCAAGAAGAAUGAAUUUAAUGCGCGGGAUUGAUCUGAAGAAAAUUGCAGAAAAGAUGAAUGGUGCUUCUGGUGCAGAACUCAAGGCUGUGUGCACAGAAGCAGGAAUGUUUGCCUUGAGGGAAAGAAGAGUUCACGUGACGCAAGAAGACUUUGAGAUGGCAGUGGCCAAGGUAAUGAAGAAGGAGACCGAGAAGAACAUGUCGUUGCGCAAGCUUUGGAAGUAGAUUUUUAGAUUCAUAAUAUGCUCGUUGUAAGGCAACAGACGCAGAAGACAAGAUUUACUGGUGCUCAUACUUGUUUUUUCUUAUAUGCAAAGUUUGCGAGCCCUCAACUGUGCCGACGCUCGGCUUUUAUGCAUGUUUAUUGUUUACGGAGUUGAGACUUUCGUUCGGCCUCUCAUUUCUGUGAAUGGUUAGGUGAUAUUCUUGUGGAAUUUCUCCCUUUAAUGCUUUGAUGUCUCUAAUUCGUUAUGAAUUUGUCGUACCGAUUGCAAAAUUGAAAGCGCCUUACUGGUCAUUAACCUAUGUGAAAACAGAAAACUUCUAUCAAA